AACUGAUCAAAGAUGGCCGAAAUAGAAGAAGAUGCAAUCGAGGUGAAAUCUUUUUUCUUUUCUUUUUGGUGUCAGUCUUUUUUGAAUAAAAAAUAUCUUAUCAGUUAAUCAAAAUUUUACAGCAAAUGGGAGGCUUUUUUUCGCUAUUUUAUGUUUUGGUGUUGUAAUCAGAUUUGAAGGUAGCAGUCCGUCGCACACAUGUACAGGUGAAUUUUGCUCGAUCUAGCGCUUUGUACUUUAGCUUAGUGAAGGUUUGCAUAUUUUUUCAGGAUGAUUCGGAGACAUCUCAGUCGGAAACGGCAGGAAAACGAAAGAGGCUUUUCCACAAGGAAUGUAAGUCUCAAUUUACCGAGAGCUCAAGGCACAAAAUAAUAUAUAUACUCUAUCUGUCUAUCUAUCUAUCAAAGAUUUAUGCUGGACCAAUGUUAUUAUUUUGUUUUCCAGUGCGAUGUAUGAUGUACGGAUUUGGUGAUGAGCAGGUUCCAUUUACAGAGUCUGUAGAUUUACUGGAAGAUCUUGUAGUGGAAUAUAUCACAGAAAUGGUAAGACGCUUGUGCUCGCCCAGGGCAUCCCAUAAUUAUGUUAUGUAUCAAAGGACGAGCCAAGUGAUGCUGUGGGUAAUUGGCACCUUCACAUGAGACUAUCAGUUGUUUAUUAAGGCCAAACAUCAAGUCAAUGUCCAGUGACUUCUGGCAUACCCCGGGGUACAGUUCGUGGCCCAUUGCUCUUCUUAUUAUAUAUGAGCGACUUUCCAAACAACGUGCAAUCAUCAGUUAAGCUUUUUACAGUUGAUGCCCUACUUUGCAGCAUUGUUGCAAGCAAUGCAGACUUUGACCUUCUUCAAUCUGGCCUACAUAUAUGCAAACUUGAAUCCAGGCAGUAUUAUGGGCAAGUGGAGUUUGAUCCUUCCAAAUGCAAAAUUGUUACCCAUCUCACAUAAGAAAAAUCCACCCCAGAGAAUUAUUUUUUCUGUGCUGUAGAGUUGGAACAGGUUGGUAGUUUCCAUACUGUGGGGUUACCAUCAGUAUCAAGCUCGAGUGGUCAGCCCAUGUUUCAAUUACAGCAGCAAAAGCAAACAAAUCGUUGGGUAUAAUACAACACAACGUUUGGAAUUGUCCCAGGAAUGUGAGAGAAAUAGCAUAUACAUCCUUGGUACGGCCAAAACUAGAAUAUGCAAGUGUGGCUUGGGAACCGUUUUUAAAGAAAGAUAUCAGUAUACUGGAAAGAGUUCAAUGCAAUGCAGCACGGUUCUUCUCUCAGAAUUAUAAAAGAUAUGCGAGUGUUACAGACAUGAUUAGAGACUUUGGGCAGGAACGUCAGUUUAUUAAUUAACUCAUGGUAUUAUUCAUAUAGACAGCCGAAAAUGUAGAAAUGUCAGCUGACAGUUAUCGGCCCUUACUCAGUCGCCAUAUCGACCAACUCUUGGGUAAUCCGUCGGUCAUUAUCAGUCAGCCAAUGUGUCGACUAAGAGCCAGUUUACAUGUUUACCAUCAUAUGGGGGCAAAUAGUGUUGGACAGUAUGUUGACCGACAAUCAGCUAACCUAUCUACCAUUCGUCAUUAUCAUCAUGAUAAGCCUGUGCCACCACUGUCAGAGUAUAGUUAGGGGCUUAGUUGAUGUUCUCUAAUGGGCAUGAGAAAAAAUAUUCAUAUCAUGCAUGCUUGUUAAUUAAAGUUCCUGUGUUUCUUGUGACUAGACUCUUAAGGCCAUGGAAGUUGGUAAAAAAGGAAAAGUGCAUGUUGAAGAUAUAGUUUUCUUGAUAAGAAAAGAUCCAAAGAAAUAUGCCAGGGUAAAGGUGAGAAAGUAAAUUUGUGCAGAAAACUUUUAUAAUUAAACAUUGUAAAUAAUCAACAUUAUUAUUCAUUCAAAAUACUUCUCUGUUUCUGAUUGAUUUAAGUCCCCUGGUUAAUUCUUCAUAACCAGGUGGUGCUUACCAAAAUUUGGGUGAAAUGGGCAAAAUAUAUGUACACUGUACUAAAAAUGAAAGGAACAAACGCAAGACUAUGCAAAAAAAUUAUUGCUAGCUGAAUGUUAUCUGGUUUUGAGGAGUAUCUGCUAGGAAAAACAAUCCAACAGACCAUUAUUUUUUUAAAAAAAACUGUGCCAAGAGACAUUGAAGAAUGUAUUAUGAGGAGGUAAGGAUGUUACUUAGAAAUAUUUUGAAUGAAUAAUAAAGCCAUUAUUAAAAUAAUUUGGCUUUCAUUAAUCAUAUGACGUGAAGGAUCAUACACAUCUGGGAGAACACCUUCUUUGCUCUACGUUAUUCUUAAUAUACUUGGCAUCAUUCAGUAAUAAUUAGUAUCAGUAAUAACUUUGAUCACUGUAAAUCAACACUCAUUCUAGGGACAGAUUUCUCUCUCAAAAUUAUUGUUUACUGGACGCUGUGCGCCUACUGAGAAAAACAAUCAGUCAGUCAAAAAUCAGCCCAGGGUCCUAUGUUGGAUUUUACACCAAUUUUCUUUUGCCUCAAAUUUUACAUGGGCCUGUCAUCAUAAAAAGU